AUGGCAGCUGAAGAGAUUAAUAUAAAGAAUAAAAUGAGAAGACAGCAAUUAUUUGCUGAUCUUAAGGACCAGCAGAAUAAGGAACGUCAUACGAUGAGACGCAAGAGGGCUCAAGAAGAAAGAGAGAACCCUGAAAUGAAAGAGAAGAGAUUGAAAGAAAAUGUAACAAAAACCAUUGAAUCGAUGAGAGUCUAUGACGAAACUAUCAAUCAAGCAAUCGAAGGUGAUGAAGAUGAUUUAAUGAAGUAUUUCAAUUCUGAUAGCAAACAACCACCAAAAAUUUUAGUUACCACCAAUGUUAAUGCGAAGAAGAAAGCCUAUGAAUUUGCAAACGUUUUAAUUGAAGUGUUACCAAAUGUCACAUUUGUCAAGAGAAAGUUUGGAUACAAAUUAAAAGAAAUUGUUGAGAUGUGUAAUAAGAGAAAUUUCACCGAUUUAGUUAUAAUCAACGAAGACAAGAAGAAGGUAACGGGGUUGACAUUUGUACAUUUACCAGAGGGACCAUCAUUCUAUUUCAAGAUAAGUUCAUAUGUUGAAGUUCAGAAAAUUGUUGGACACGGUAGGGCAACAAGUCACAUUCCAGAACUUAUUUUGAAUAACUUUCAAACGAGAUUGGGUAAGACAGUAGGUAGAUUGUUUCAAUCAAUUUUCCCACAGAAUCCUGAUUUUGAAGGUAGACAGGUAAUCACAUUGCACAAUCAAAGAGAUUAUAUUUUCUUCAGAAGACAUAGAUAUGUGUUCAAGAAUGAAGAGAGAGUUGGUUUACAAGAACUUGGUCCACAAUUCACAAUGAAAUUGAAAAGACUGCAGAAUGGUAUCAAAGAGGAAACGGAAUGGGAGCACAAACCAGAAAUGGACAAAGAGAAGAAACAAUUCUACUUAUAA